AUGGAAUUCUCAGAUCCUCCCUCCGAUUUGUUAGUUGAAAUCCUGGCUCGCCUCCCUAGCAGCAAAGCAGCUAUCCGAUUGAAAUUGGUUUGCAAGAGCUGGUGUUCUCUUAUCUCUUCUCACUAUUUUAUUACUGUUUUCAAUCACCGCCGCCAUGACCCAAUUCAUCGCUCAUCCUCAUCGCGUGGCUGCUUUAUAUUCGAAUCUGCAUUUGACCGCCGCUGUUUGUCGAUGGUUCGGUGGGGAUACCAUGAUGCCGUAGGCGACUUCCACAGGCCCGAUUUCAGUUUCCUUCCCUGUCCCCAAAUCAGUAUUAGUUUGAUGGGUUCGUGUGGUGAUUUAAUUCUAUGCUCCACCCGGACUUCGCCCUCCUGCCUGUUCCAACCCAUAUUCUAUUACGUCUGUAAUCUGCUAACCAAGCAGUGGGCUGCUCUUCCUCCUGCCCCUGAAUUCCAAUCACAACCCAGAAGAAAUGUCUUAUUUUCCACUGGCUUCCUUUGCGUUCUCGCGCCCUGUUCCCUUUGCAGCAGCAGCAGCAGCCAAUGUGUUGUAGGUCACAAUAAUAAUAAUAAUAAUUUUAUGGUGGUUCGAAUUUGUGGUUAUCCAGUUAAUUCAAUCCAACCACAGUCCAAAUUCACAGUUCAACUCUUCUCGUCUGAGGAAGGUGAAUGGAAAAGUGUUGUGGUUUCAUCACCGCGGGCCGUAAGCUUGUGGGUCCGUUCUUCUGCAACUCUUGUCUCCUAUAAAGGGAUGCUACAUUGGCUGGUUUCUGGCUUUGUUCUUGUGUAUGAUCCUUAUAAUUGUCCUGAAAUUUUUUACCGUGUAAUUGAUACCCCUAAUAUAAUAGCUGGGGCUGUGGAGCAACGCUUCCAAACCAUUGGACUAUUUCAGGAUCAUCUUCGUAUAACACAUGUUUGGUCUUCCUUAUUUUAUGUAUGGGAGUUGGAGGACUACAACAUGGGGAAGUGGAGUUUGGUGCACACGAUUUCCCGUACAGAAAGGCCCCGUCUUGGGCCCCUCCUCAAUGAACCUGAUCAUCUUCCUCAUCUUGAUCCUAUAGUUAAUCUUGAUCCUAAAAUUAGAGACACAGGAUUUGUCUACUCAGAUGGAAGUGCUUUUUAUUGGACCAAUUCUGGGUGGUCGGUUGCUAAUGGGAUUGUCCAUUGGAUUACUCAUCAGUGGUGGCCAACACCAGUACCACCACUAACUGCCUGCACAAUUCAAUAUAAUGAAAACGCUAUUGGGAUUCAUAUCAAAAAGGUGAAAGAAGGAGAUAUAUACUCUCUUUGUCCCAUUUUAUCUAUCCUACCUAGUAUUCAUGGAUGUUUGGAAAAAUCUGAUUUUGUGGAUUAA